AUGGCCAUGGAUGCGGAUGGCACAGGGCAGCUCGCAGCCAUCCUGGAGUGGGGCAGCAGCGAGGAGGAGGAGGAGGAGGAGGAUGAAGAGGCAGCCGUGGUGCAGGUGUGUGCUUCCCCCUGCAGCCCCCCCCCCCAUGGGCAGGAGCCGGGUGAAGCUGAGCAGCGCCUGGCUGAGCUGGAGCAAGCAUCCCAGGCGCUGCUGAUGGAGCUCUCGGCGCUGGAGACUGAGUGUGAGAUCGAGCGGAUGUGCCGGGAGCAAGCUGAGGCCUAUGCAGCACAGGUGAAGCAGGAGAACAAGCAGCUGAAGAGGCUCAGCCUGAACCCAGCAGCCCCUGAAGCUCUGCUUGAGGAGGUGCCCCCUGAGGAGGACCCUGACCCUGCCCAGUGCCAUGGGCAGCAGCUGGAGGCCCUGCACAAGAAGAUCUCGUGGCUGCUGGAGCAGCGCAAGGACCUCAGCAUCCGGGUGCAGGAGCUGCAGGAGCAGCUGGAGCAGGGGCAGCAGGAGCAGCAGCGCCUGAGGGCAGCCCUGGGUACCAGCCAGCGGGCACUGAGGUCCUUCAAGAGAGUGUCCCACAUCAUCACCCAGGACUACUGUGAGGCUGUGCAGCAGCUGGAGCUGGAGCAGGAUCUGCGCCUGCAUGCGGAAGCCUUCGCCCAUGAGAUGCUGGUGCAGACGGAGGAGGCCAAGCGGCAGAGCUCCAUCCUGCUGCAGGGCAGAGGGCACAGCACCCAGCUCCUCAUGGCGAUGCAGGAUGUGGCCGACCUCACGCGGGCGCUGGAGGAGGCCAGGCUGGAGCAGCGGCAGCGGGAGCAGGAGCUGGGGAAGCGCCCGGCCCCACAGGAGCUGGAUGAGGCCCGAGCAGCUCUGGCUGCAGCUGAGGAGGAGAAGCUGCAGCUGAGGAUGAGGCUGCAGGAGGCUGAGCAGCGUCUGCAGGAGCUGCAGGAGGAAGUGAGGCUGCUGCAGAAGAAGCUGGCCCAGGACCCACUGGUGCAGAGCCAGGCGCCCAUGGUGCCUGCCCCACCUCCACCACCACCACCACUGCCACCCCCUGCACCCACUGUGCCCGUGGACCCACUCCUGGCCAUCAGGCAGAGGAAGGGGCUGGUGAACCUGCAGCGCUCCAAGCCAGAAGCUGAGGAUGCCAAAGCUCGAGCCGUGCAGGAGAUGAUGGAGCGGAUAAAGAACGGGGUGGUCCUGAGGCCCGCAAAGGACCGGGACCCCCUGGCACAGGGCAGCAAGCGGAGGAGCACGGCGCUGGAGCUGCAGAGCAUCCUGGGUGCCAUGAGGAGGGCGAGCAGGAGGGCAGGAGCGCGGCAGAGCAGCCUCAAGGGUAAGGACCAGCAGCUCGAGGCCAUCCUGCAGCGCCGGCGCCGUGCCAUGGAUGCGGAUCCGGAGGGGCACAGGGAUGCUGAGGAUGCCCAAUGCCUGGAUCCUGGGGAUGAGGACCUCGGAGCGGCUCCAUCCGGAUGCUCCCAUCCAGGACACAGGGACAGGGUCCCCUUCAGGCCCCGGGUCUCCAGUGGCCUCCCCAGGACCCGGCCAGGGGCAGUGGGGAACCAGGGUAGGGGAGGAGGCAUCACCUUCCCUGGAGCCAUGGCUGGGGGAGGAGAUGGGUGA